GCAAAAUGGAACCAGAGCCCCCGACAGACGACCGCCCGGCCUGUGGUGCCUGUCGCAGGCGGAAGCUCCGAUGCUCACGCGAGCUGCCGCAGUGCUCGCAUUGUCGUCGCAUCGGAACCGACUGUAAUUAUACUGACGACCGCGAAAGGCCGGGGCUUAAGGCCGGCGCAGUGGAGGCCUUGAGGAGGCGAGUAGAUGCUCUUGAGCACGCUGUCUUCCAACAAGAAAAGGCCGAUGCUAUAUGCCCACCGGGCCAAGAUUCCAAGGCCCUGGCCUCGGCGUUCUGUGAAGGCUUAGAGCUUCUGCUUGGACAAACCCAACACAGCCAGCGACGAAAACGCUCAUUACCAGAGGCCUCCCCCAGCUUCGAAGCACGGUCCAUACAAGGGACACCUCGGCCUCUCUCACAAACCAGGCACAAACGGAAACGUCGAAAUGCCCGAGCCCUAAUAGAGCCCGAUGAUUUUGCAGAGCUAACAUCGACCCUCCCGUCCGCCGAAGUUUUGGAGGCAGUUGUCGAUCUAUAUUUCGCAUUGGUGCAGCCGUGGAUUCCAGUUCUUCACGAGCGUCGCUUUCACCAGCGGUUGAAGGAUCCUGAUGAGCGAGAGAAUUUCGAGGUCGUGCUGCACGCGAUGGUUUUCGCAUUGCUCAAGCAUGUGGACCCGAGUCUGCUAAAAAACGUGCAUGAUGUCGAUGCUGUCUGUGAGCGGUCGCGCAAGAUUGUCCUCUUGACUGCCAUGAAUGAUUUACACGUGGAGAACUUGCAGGCACUGACUAUUCUGUGCUUUGAGGAGAUUGGAUCCGGAAGACUCUCUCGCGCCUGGUCGAUUGUCGGCUCGCUCACCAGGACGGUGGAAUACCUUCAACUGAGCGUGGAGUCAGACAGUCAUGACAAUGGACCAGUAUUGCAGCCACGGCCUUGCCUUCCACCUGCUCGAGAUUGGGUCGAGGAGGAGGAGCGACGGCGCGUUUUCUGGACCAUCUUUACCUUGGACAGGUUUUGCUCUGUGACUACAGGAUGGAACACCAGCUUAACGUCCAACGACGUCCGCCGCCGACUCCCCGCGGACGGAGGCCUGUGGCACAACGAGGAAAGCGUCAUCACGCCCUUCUUUGGCAUCUGGGAUAAGCCCGCCGGUAAAAUUGGAAACUUGAUUGCAUUCCUCCCAACCGACUAUAAUGACACCGAGUCCUCACCCACUGGCCUCCCUGCAGCACAGGCAAGCUCGCGCGUACCAGCUCCCCCGGACGCCAAGGUCGACAUGUCAACCGUCGGGGCCUUUGCCUAUCGCAUUGAAGCUACAGAGUCACUGAGCCGGGUAACCACGUUCUUCCUACAACAGAGAGUCAACUACCGAGAUCGCCAGGAGAUGGGACGCUGGCUCAUGCGGUUCAAGGAGCUAGACCUGCGCCUAGUGAGCUGGAAGAUGUUUCUCCCCCAGAAGUGGAAAGACUCGAACAUCUCGCGCCAACCGACGAUGGUGAACAUGGACCCCAACCUCACACUAGCCCACGUCACGCAUAACACUUCCAUGAUCCUCCUCCAUCAGCGCAUUGCAUAUCCGCCGGCGGAAUGGCUGGAGGUCGUCAAACUACCCAGUCUAUCCAGUGCCGAAACGUGCGAAGCUGCGGCCUCUGAGACGGCAAAUAUCGCCAAGAGAUUCAUUGACAACUCACCGGUGCAGUGUCUCAUGGAUACCCCCUUUGCUUUUUGCGUUUUUGUCAGUGCGCGGGUCUUAUUAGUACACUGGCGCUACUACAAAACGGAGCUCUCUCCUGACUUUUGGACCCUGACAGGGUUCCUUGAUGCCAUGUCGACCCGCUGGUCUGGCCACUAUCGGCCUACGGGCGUUACCGCAGCAAAUAUAGCUGCCAAAUACUGCACCCAGCUCAAACAGACGUACAUCCAGUGCCAAAAUGACACAACGUUCAAAUUAGACGUCUUAGGUUACUCCAACGAGAUUGAAUGGAAUGGGAGGAACGUAAGCAGUCAAACACCAGCUCUACCCAGCAACCACCAGGCAAUGAAAGGCCCUUCUGAAGGCCCGGAUAUGUCAGGUCACGGGGAAUUCGCCCCAUUCAAGCAACCCUACAUGGUCAGUACUCCCGGCUUGGGACCUGGACAAGGUCCGGCACCCAUGUUACUGGGCACUGCUUCUGAGGGAAUGGGUUACAAUACCGGCAGCCCGGAUGAAUUGACUGCUGUGACGUCCAUAUUGCUGGACCAGCAGUACUCGGAGAUGGAUCGCAUUAUUAGUUUGAACAACGCGAACUUUGCGACUGAUAUGGCUUAUAUUCAUUAAUGUCCACAUGAAAUACCAUAUUCAAGCCCACUUAACAUCCAGA